GGCCACUCUGGCCUACGUGUCCACAACACCAGUCAAUCAUCUGCAAUCCGUACACUCACUCCUCCUCCUCUUCCUGACUUGAGUUACAGUGUUUCUGAUUACAGCCGGUUGCAACUUGCAAUUGAGCAGGACAGGACUGCUGGUAAUUGUAUAAAAUAAAAAGAUCAGAUUGUAACGAAAAAUGGGCAAUAGUUUUUAAUUUUGUAGCUGGAACAAUGAGGAAGGUAACAGGGAGAUUGAACAGUGCUGGGCUUGUGGCUAUGUUACUGGUUGUCCUGGAGGUCUGUGAGGGUGGGAUAACAAGUAGUUAUGUUAGAAAUGAUGACUUGUCCCUUGAUAUGCCUUUAGACAGUGAUGUGUUCCAAGUGCCUCCCGGAUAUAAUGCCCCUCAGCAGGUUCAUAUAACACAAGGAGAUCAUGAGGGGAGGGGUGUGAUUGUCUCUUGGGUCACUCCAGAUGAACCUGGUUCAAGUACAGUGCUUUACUGGGCAGAAAAUAAUACCAACCUCAAAAACCAAGCUCAAGGCACUAUUCUCACAUACCACUACUUCAAUUACACUUCUGGUUACAUUCAUCACUGCACCAUUCUCAAUUUGGAGUUUGGCACCAAAUACUACUAUGAAGUUGGGAUUGGUAAUACCACGCGGCGGUUUUGGUUCACAACCCCUCCUGGCGUUGGUCCUGAUGUUGCUUAUACUUUUGGCCUCAUAGGAGAUCUUGGUCAAACUCACGAUUCAAAUCGAACACUUACCCAUUAUGAAUUGAACCCAACAAAAGGGCAGACGGUAUUGUUUGUUGGGGACCUCUCUUAUGCAGAUGAUUAUCCGUUUCAUGACAAUAACAGGUGGGAUACAUGGGGGAGGUUCACAGAGAGAAAUGCUGCUUAUCAACCCUGGAUAUGGACUGCAGGAAACCACGAAAUCGAUUUUGUUCCUGAACUUGGUGAAAGCAAACCCUUCAAACCCUACACAAACCGGUAUUUUGUUCCAUACGAAGCCUCACAUAGUACAUCUCCUCUCUGGUACUCCAUCAAGAGAGCUUCGGCAUAUAUCAUAGUCUUGUCCUCUUACUCCGCAUAUGGGAAAUAUACUCCUCAAUACAAGUGGCUUGAAAAGGAGCUGCCAAAAGACAGAACAGAGACACCAUGGCUUAUUGUUCUUAUGCAUUCUCCACUAUAUAAUAGUUAUGCACAUCACUAUAUGGAAGGAGAAUCCAUGAGAGUGAUGUACGAGCAAUGGUUUGUCAAGUACAAAGUAGACAUUAUCUUUGCUGGUCAUGUUCAUGCCUAUGAAAGAUCCGAGCGGGUAUCAAAUAUUGCAUACAACAUUGUGAAUGGACUGUGCAGCCCUAUAAGUGACGAAUCAGCGCCGGUUUACAUAACCAUUGGAGAUGGAGGAAAUCUAGAAGGAUUGGUUACUGAAAUGACAGAACCGCAGCCAAGCUACUCAGCUUUCCGGGAAGCUAGCUUUGGUCAUGGGAUUUUCGACAUAAAAAACAGAAGUCAUGCAUUUUUUAGUUGGCAUCGGAAUCAAGAUGGGUAUGCAGUAGAAGCUGAUUCUCUAUGGUUGAAAAACAGAUACUGGAAAUCUCUGGAAGAGCAGCUCCUAGCCGCAAUAUAAUGUUAUUUGAUAUGUAAAAGAGGUUUCAUGUUAUCAUUAUAGAAUGAAUGAAAUCUUGCAAAGUUUGCUGUUGUCAUUCUCAUGCAAUUCCAAAGAUGAAGCAAUUAGCUGCUCUGUUGUGUUUUAUGUUGUCUGACACCACUUCCUUCAAAGUAGGGUAAAGGAUAAAAUUACGGCUCAUCCAUCA